GGGUUCUUCGGACAAAGAGACCCAAAAACGCAAUCCAAAGAUAAAAAGGGCAGGAAACCGAGACACCAAACCCUCUCUAUACAGAACAUCAGCUGCAGCUUCACAGCUUUGAGAAAGAACCCAAAAAGGAGGAAGGAAAAAAAAAAUGGGUCAUGACCAAGAGGAGGAGGAGACACCACCAGCAACCCCAACGACAACGGCCAGCACCGACAGCAAAGACCAAGAAGAAGAAACUUGGAACCACCAGAAACAAACGCUCAUACUAGAGCUUUCGGAGAAGCUCAUAAAUGGAGAUCUUCAGGCCAAGAUUGAAGCUGCUAGAGAUAUAAGAAGAGUUGUCAGAAAAUCAUCUGUUAAGACACGUUCUAAGUUUGCUGCUGCUGGUGUUAUUCAGCCUCUUGUUUUCAUGCUUUUGUCUCCUAAUCUUGAUGCACGGGAAGCUUCUCUUCUUGCUCUCCUCAAUCUUGCUGUUAGAAAUGAAAGAAACAAGGUCAAUAUAGUGACAGCAGGGGCUGUCCCUCCUCUUGUAGAGCUUCUCAAAUUGCAAAACAGUGGUUUGCGAGAAUUGGCCACAGCAGCAAUAUUAACACUCUCAGCUGCUGCACCUAACAAGCCCACAAUUGCAGCCUCUGGGGCUGCACCCCUGCUGGUUCAAAUCCUUAGCUCUGGAAGUGUUCAAGGAAAAGUUGAUGCUGUUACUGCCUUACACAACCUGUCGACCUGCAAAGAGAAUUCCAUUCCUAUUCUUGAUGCUAAGGCAGUUUCCCCACUUAUCAACCUCCUCAAAGAAUGCAAGAAAUAUUCCAAGUUUGCUGAAAAAGCAACAGCCCUUCUUGAAAUCCUUUCUAAAUCUGAAGAAGGGCGAGUUGCAAUCACUAAUUCAGAUGGUGGGAUUUUAACCUUGGUAGAGACUGUUGAAGAUGGCUCUCUUUUCAGCACACAGCAUGCUGUUGGAGCUUUACUUUCUUUGUGCCAGAGCUGCCGAGAAAAAUAUAGGGAACUCAUUCUUAAAGAAGGUGCAAUCCCAGGGCUUCUGCGACUGACUGUAGAGGGCACGAGCAUAGCUCAAGAAAGAGCUCGCACUCUCUUGGAUUUGCUCAGAGAUACUCCUCAGGAGAAGAAAUUGGCUUCCUCUGUUCUGGAGAAAAUUGUGUAUGAUAUUGCUACCCGUGUAGAUGGAGCAGAUAAAGCUGCUGAAACUGCCAAGAGGUUACUGGAAGAUAUGGUUCAAAGAAGUAUGGAACUCAGCAUGAAUCGUAUCCAACAUAGAGCUGCAUCUUGCACACCUGCCAAAGUUCCAUCUGCAUGAUGCGUGCUUUCUGCGCAGGAAGCAAGUACACCAGUUCAAAUUUGUGUCCCAUCUAAGAGAGUGGGAAUCAAUAGAGUAAAAUAUCUGGAUUAGGUUUCACUAGGAGUUUUUACCUUUGGGAGGUGCUAUUUACUACCUCAUGGGUGUGUGUUGUACAUCUUGGCCCUGAUCCCUGUGUAUAUAUAAAAAACCUCUCUGUUAUAAUACAUGUACAUUUCCACUGAUGAAAUCAUAGGAGAGGCAGCACUGAAUUAAGGUUGUGACCGAA